GACAAAGUAGGUCUUAACGAUGUUUUUACAAAUUGGUUUAUUUUUUCUAUUUUCAGGUUGCCUGUUCUCUGGGAAGCAGGAACUGUGUGAAAUAGGUUCAACUUGUAUAGAUGAUCUUCUUUUUGGAACUUGCUCUAGAAGUGGAAUUCCAGCAAGUUUCGAUUACACUCUUCAAAAACAUGACUUAAAGAAACUAGAGGUUGAAAUACUAAAACUGGUAAAAGAUGGAUUUUCUUGGGGUGACGGCUAUACUCAAUGUAUUAUACAGAACGUUAUAAUUUCGCUAACAAUAAAAGAGCCUUUUAGUAAGAAAAUAUGUUACAGCCUAUUGUUUGACUGGAAAAAACCAGUUCAAGAUGAAAUAAGCUCAGUACUAGAAAGUCUUUAUGAACAAACUGUUCCACUGGACCGAUUUACGUCUGCUGAAGAAUACGAACCUGUUUCCUUGUUAUCACCAUCACAGAAACGGGAUGAAAUUGUCAGGGUACAUAAAUAUUUUGAUAAAAAUGAAAAAAUUCACAAACGCAACUUUUUUGGGGGUUCUCAGUUAGGAUUUAGUAACUACCUCUCCUACGACCCAAGGGACGAUGUUUCUCAGCUUUACCCAGGAUCUUACGAACAAACUUACGAGACACCAUAUCGAGGCGGAUGGGAAAAUUCGGGAAUUCCUUACAAAGAUUUACAAUUAGUAAAGGAUUACCUUGAGGCUACACGAGGACAACAAAGGCCAAAAUAUAGUUCAAAAUUAUCGGAACUGUUUUCAUAUACGCCAGAACUUGAGCAGCAGACAGAACAACAAGUAGGUGGGUUCCCUGAUUAUGAUUUACCAGAAAGAGGCUACGGAAUCAGCAAUGAGGAUGUAGAACCAGGCUAUGUUUGGAAUGACAAUGAUAUGAUUUAUGACGUAACAACACCAGAUAAUGAUGAAGAUCAAAUUGAUUUAGAUGAACUAUCUGAUACUCCUACAGAGAAUACAGAAGAGAUCGAAUCACUUCCUCCCAGUUUAGCCAACACACUAGACAAGCUUAUUCAAGGGGAACUAACUCCAGAAAACUUGACAGACGAUGAGCUUGAGUAUCUUACUCCAUAUGUUUCCAAAAUGUUGCUGCGUCUUAGUGAUGCUGAUGACCAAUCAUCUGACACACCAGAAGCUUGGGAGGAUGUUCCUGUUGAAGAAAACAUGAUGCAAGUAGAUGGCCAGCUCCCAUAUGGUAUUGAUGAGGAGGAAAUGAUGAGAGAAUAUCCUGAAGAAACAGAUGAGAACCUUCCUAUAGUGGAUAGCCUGGCCAACAUUGUACAAGAACAAGUUGAUGAACCCAAGAUGGAGAAAAAGUCAGAUACAGAUAAAACAGAAAAGGCAGUAAAAAGAGAAGAUGUUGUGGAAACAAACUUUGCCUUCAUUGAAAUGGACCAAAAUCUGACAUCGAAGGCGGUGGAUAAGAUGAUAGAUACACUGGAGCAUGUUGUAACAGCAAAUCCUGGUUCACUCAACAAUUAUCAAGUGAAUGGUACAAAGCUGAAGAUCAAUGUUGAUCCUGUUUUAGCUGGGCUGAAUGCUACUAAAUUUGCUGAACAAGCUCGUGACCACAAGGGUGAAUUGGAGAAAGCAACAGGUUAUAAGUUCGAAGCUUCUGGCAUUGGAAAUGUUACUCAGGUAGAGGUGAAGGGAAAUGAUGAUCGCUACUUUGUACUGACGUUUGUGCUGUGCGGUUGUAUUGCCGGUAUCUUGCUGGCUGUUGUGGUAAUCUAUCUGAUCCGGCGCAACUCUCGGUCCAAAGAGAAACUUCAACAGAUCACGGCAGGACAAGAAGGAAAUGAGGCUGCUUCCAAAGAUUACCAGGACCUGUGCCGACAGAGGAUGCAGAGCAAAUCAUCAGAGAAGCCGGAACCUCUGCACACCGCAGCAGUAUCUAGAGUGGGCAGCGUGUCAGAGACUCAAGUUCGAAGCCCAUCCAGCCGUAGCAGCACCUCUUCAUGUCAGUCUUAUGAAAGCAAGUGCAAGAAAUUGAGUGAAGAACCAGUGAACUCCAAUAUGGACAUCUCCACUGGACAUAUUGUGCUGUCCUACAUGGAAGACCACUUGAAAAACAAGGACAGACUUGAACGUGAGUGGGAGGCGAUGUGUGCGUAUGAAGCUGAUCCUUGCAGCACCAAGGUCGCUGCUGAUAACGGCAAUGCAAGGAAAAACAGAUACGCUGAUGUCCUACCAUACGACCAUUCCCGUGUUGUAUUGACGACCAACACAAACGUGUCUGGCGCAGAUUACAUCAACGCAAGCACAAUCACGGAUCAUGACCCACGGAACCCGGCGUAUGUUGCAACCCAGGGCCCCUUGCCACACACUGUCGCAGAUUUCUGGCAGAUGGUAUGGGAACAAGGAAGCGUUGUGAUUGUAAUGUUGACCAAGUUAACGGAGAAUGGUGAAGCCAAAUGUCACAGAUACUGGCCAGACGAGGGUAGCGACCUUUACCAUAUAUACGAGGUACAUCUUGUAUCGGAGCAUAUCUGGUGUGAGGAUUACCUUGUGAGGAGCUUCUACUUGAAGAACCUGCAGACCGGAGAGACUCGUACCGUUACCCAGUUCCACUUUCUGACCUGGCCGGACCUUGGCGUACCUGGAUCCAUCAAAGCUCUUCUAGAUUUUAGAAGAAAGGUGAACAAGUCUUACAGGGGGCGCUCCUGCCCAAUCGUUGUACACUGCAGUGAUGGGUGUGGUCGCACAGGGACUUACUGUCUUGUCGACAUGGUUCUUAACAGAAUGGCAAAAGGAGCUAAGGAGAUUGAUAUAGCUGCCACCCUGGAGCAUAUUCGGGAUCAGAGAAUCAGUAUGGUCAAAACUAAGGAGCAGUUUCAGUUUGCUCUGGCCGCCGUUGCAGAAGAGGUUCAUGCCAUUCUGAAGGCCCUCCCACAGUAGGUCACAUGACUUUUCAGAGUCAGUCACAUGACCUGAUUCUAUAAAUAGAAUCAACACACUGAAUAAUGGAAUAAAGAACUACUUAUGGACUUUUUUCUUGUUAAUUGUAUUUUGUGAAUUAAAAUUGUUCAAUAUUACUUGAUGUCUAUUUUAAGAGCAACAUAAAUUAUCAUUUUUGUUGUGCUAGUGAAUAAAUGUUCCCAUAUUUUUUUCUUCAAAAAAAAUUAAUUAAAAUGACUAUAAUUUUAUACAGAUAAGAACAAACCUCCUGGCUCUUUAAAAGAAUGAUUCAUUAAAAAGUUUGUUCAAUGAUUGUGUUUUGGUAGAAUAAAGUAUGACAGCUGUUGUAUUCAUUAACAUUGUUACAUAACAAUAUGCGCUUAGAGAAAAGACAGAGAGUUUAAUAGUAUAAGAUUGUAUUUUCCUUUUAUGUUUCUUAAGUAAUAUAAAUCAUAUCUUGCAUAAGGAUCUGACAUUAAUUUAUUAUGGUCUAGUUUGCGAUAAAAAAUAAUGAUUAAUCAUAUACAAAAGCUAAACUAGUCUCUGGCUAAAAAUUAUCAAUAUCUGAUUGGUUGCUUUCUUAAUGCAAUUUAAAUAUCUGAUUGGUUGUUAUUUUUAGGAAAAAUUCAUGUAUCUGAUUGGUUGUUAUUUUUAGCACAAUUUUAAAUUUUACACAUUGCAAACUCUGUCUUAAGAGUCUGAUCUUAACUCAUAGAUUUAGAAUAAGUUUGUUGUUUUAAUUUUAGGAAAAGUUUUUUCUGAUUGUUAAGGUAUGUAACCAAAGACUGUUAAACUAUUGAAAAUGUAUUUUAUUCCAUUGUUUUGUAGAUUAUAUGAGGUGCAGUUUGUAAAAUGAAUGAAUUUAAUCAAAUUUCUAUGGGUUUUUUUGUUACGAAAAUAUUCCUUUGAUUAUAAAUAAUUUGAGAAUACAUUUUAACAUAUUUUGUAUAUUUUGAAAUGAGAAUUUACCGCAGUAAUAUUGUGAAAUUUUUACUUUAACAAAGAACUGUUAAAUUCCUCUUAAAAAUUGAAAAGUUGUUGUGACAACUUGUUACCCCAAAAGCUGUUGCCUUCUUUUUCCCAUUGGUUUUUGUUUCAAAAUAGCUCUUUUAUCAUGUAAUGAUGAUAGAGAAGGUUAAUUCUAGUGGUUUAUUGUGCAAUAUACAAUGUCUCUUGUUAUAUCAUUUCAAAAUGAUUGUGAUAUCUAAUAAAAAAGAUAUUUAACAGAAAUGAACUAAUUUGUGUUUUAUUUAUGUUUCUAAUGUUCUUAUUCAAAGAAAUAACUCUUUAAUGAAAAAUGAGUUUGUGAAAUCUCUUGAAUAGGAAUUGCCCUAAGAUAAGGGUAUUAAUUGAUUGUUUUUGAAAGAUCUUAAUUAAGACCAAAAAUAUCAUUCAGGAAAAUUAUUUUUUCACAAAUUAUAAACGCGACUUGCAAAUGAUUUUUACAUUAUGUAAUUUUUUUAGGGAUUACAAUAUAUUUAUUAUAUUUAUUAACUGAUUAUAAUGUUAAUGCUGUUUUGUUUGAAACCUAUACUAAGCUUUUUUCAAUUCAUUGUAUUUUAAGGCAUAGUUGUUUAUUGACUUUGAUUAGUUUUUUUCUAUUUUAUUUAAGAAAACAUUCCUUUUAAAGUGUCUACAUUCCUACAAAAUCCAUAAAAAUCAUACUAGAGAAUGAACUCUGUAAAAAGUCCUUAAAGUAAAACAAGGGAACAAACUCUAUUCAAAGUCCUUAAAAUAAUGCAAAGGAGUGAACUUUGAACAAAAUUGUGACUUUUAUUCCAGUCUUGAAUGACAUUUUUUACAAAACUCUGCACAUAAUUUGCCAAAAAGUUAAUAAAACUUGUUCUGUUUAUAAUUAUGUAAGUGAGUGAAUUGUGACAAGUAAAUUGUUAAAGAGGAAAUAGUACUUUCAGUAACUCAUAUUUUCUGUCUCACUGGCCUAAACUGCCCUGUAUAACAAUUUCUAUGUAACCAAUCACAUAAUGCUAAGAAUCAGUUAGAUAAGUGAUCAUUUUAUAAUGUUCAUAAACUUUAAAUCUUUAGCUUGUCAUCUACAUGAGUUCAUUUUAAAAAAAAAACAUCUUAUUUAACAUUAUUUUUUACAUUUUACUGAACAUUUGCCUGACAAUAAAUGAAAUCAAAUAUUUGCAUACAAAUAACAAUAAGCUGGUUCUGUCUCGAUAAGGUGGUCUCUGUUAACUAGUCAUUAUAAGCUGAUAAACUUUUUCACAAUAAGAUGCUCUAUAUAAACUUUUUCACAAUAAGGUGCUCUAUAUAAACUUGUCACAAUAAGGCGGUCUCAGUUAACUUGUCACAAUAAGAUGGGCACAGUUAAAUUGUCACAAAAAGCUGGUUAACUUGUCACAAUAAGCUGGUUAACUUGUCACAAAAAGCUGGUUAACUUGUCACAAAAAGCUGGUUAACUUGUCACAAUAAGCUGGUCACAGUUAACUAGUCACAACAGGCUUUUUCAGUUUACUUGUCACAAUAAGCUGGUUAAAUUGUCACAAUUAGCUGGUCUCAGUUAACAUGUCACAACAAUGUGAUCUCAGGUAAAUAGUCACAAAUAACUUGUCUGAGUAAACUGGUAACAAUAAACAUCAGUCUGUUAAAUAGUCUCAAUAAAUCUGGGUUUCAGUUAACAAGUCACUAUAAACUGGUCUUGGUUUAAAAAUUUGUUUUUGUCACAAUAAUUUUAUGUCUCUAUUGACUUGUUAGAAUGAAAUCAUUUUGGAUGUUAUAAGAUUGUUGUUGUUGUAGUCGUGUUGGUUUACAUUAAAUCUUUGUUCAUGAUUCUUUUAUUUUCCCUACUUCUUUCAAUAAUCUCUUAUGGCAGAUGCUCAGUAACCUUUUCAAAUAUAAAUUAAACAUUUAGUUAUUACCAAGAAAGACCAAAUAGGUGACACCAUGAAAAGAAAUAUGUGUAUGGAGGUUGUCUUUAUUCACAGAGUAAAAUUUAAUGAUGGGAAAUACUAGUACCUGGUGUUUUAAGUCAAGGUGGUCUUUGUUAGCAGAUUGCCUAAAUGCACAGGAUAAAUACUGACAACAUAAAGAAAUGUCUAACCGUCAACUACAUUUAUUAUAAAAUCAAUUUGCAAUUCAUAUUUGUUCUCCAUUAGUUUCUGUUCCAUGUAUUUAGAAAAUCCCACCGUGUGUGUCCCACCUACAUAUUGAGUAUUAGUAUAGUGUAUUGAAUAAGUGCAAUAUCAUAAAUGAUUUAUGCAUUUAACCCAUUUUUGAUAAAGUUUAAACACUAGUUAAAUGAAUUUUUGAAAUAUAUUAAAAUGUGUCUGAUGCACAAGGGAAGUAACUGAUACAUUUUUUCCUAAUAAUGGUUUUCUCCCUUUGAAUACCAAAUGUAAUUUCCAUAUUUGGUGGUUUCCUACCUUACUGUUUUGGUGGUUUCCAACCUAUUUUUUUGUUACAUCCAGUUGUUAUAUUUCUUGUUAAGUUUUAUCUCUGAUAGUUUAUCAUUUAUAUUUACAUAUAUAUUAUAUACACUAUGAUAUUAUAGGCUUUAUAUAUGUAUUUCUUUGAUAUAAAUGUAGGUAAUUAAUUAGAAUCAUUACUAGAAAUUUAAUGGCUCUACUGGUAACUUUAAUUUUUUAUAUCUCAAUAUUUAGGAGUUUGUGUGUGACUUUCUCAUGCUUCCUUCUAGAUGACAAAACAUGUUUACAGUGAUAGAAAUGAAAUAUUGCUUUUUUCUACAUUGUACUUUUCUUACCAUUCUAUUCCUUUACAUUUUAUAUCUAACAUUUUAAGAAAUUAAAAAAAAUACUGUAGCAAUUUUUAAACCAUGUUUAUCACAUUAAGAAUUUAUUACUAGCCUAGCAAGUAAUUUAUAUACCUUUUAUUAAAUUUUUAGACAUGUUAUUAAUCUUCAGAUAUAUUUUUUUUUACAUUGGUAUGUAUAAAAACAACAAAUACUUUGUAAACAUACUAUUUUAUAUAUUACUGCAGUACAGAAAAUUAAAAGAAUAAAUACAUAUAAAAUCUAUUGCUUUAAAAAUAUAACUGUGUAAUCUUAGUUUAAUGUUUGUGUUUAUUCAUUUAUUCAUUUUUUGGCCAUUUUAAAAAGAAUACUUUACUCAAAUUAACUUUGAACUUUGUUUGAAAGUUUAAAUAACCACAAAAACAUGUUUAAAUAAACUGUAUCUGUUAAUGAGGUGUUGUUUU